UUCAACGAUAUACAAAUACAAAAUCAAAUUUAAUGACAGUCAUACACGUAUACCGGCCAGUAUGUAUAAAGUAUGGAAUGACAGAUCACCGAGUAUAUUGAAACGGAAAACAAAUCACGCACAUCAUGUCAUCAUCCAUACAUGCUUAAUGGAUUUGAUAUUACGUAAAGUUAAUCGGCGAAACGAGAAGUUUCUGAACUGAGGAUAAUUAAGGAGAAAGCAACCCAUACUGUACUGCAUAGUGCUGAUUCUCCGUCUAUGUGUAAGAAGAUUGCGAUGUGCAUUUUACCUAUAGAAAAGGAAAUUACAACACCAUAACAAUGAUAGGUCUAUUACACUAGGAAAGGAGAAGCAGAAAAGAAGUAUUAUACAUAAUACGAAUAUUCAUGAUUGUCAGUUGGUUCGAUAUUGAAUUUAGGAAGUUUUAUUGAUAAUAGAUCAUUACAUAGCAUUCAAAGGAGACAAUUCUGGCACUGAAGAAACCAAGACACGUGUAUAAUUUGGUCAUUUGGGGUUGGUUGAUAUAAAGGACAAACGUCACAGUGUAUUAGCCAGAAAUCAUCUCGUUACUAUCCCAGCCCCCAUGAUGGACCCCCACGAAGAUUACACAGAUUUCUCCUUCUCCUUGGAUAAGCAUAUACACAACACAACCGACGGCGUGCUGUACCCAGAAACGAUUUUGACAAGGACGCUGUGGAAAGUUGUCCCCAUCGUGCUCCUGGUGUUUGGAACUUUCGGCAACCUGGCUUCUCUCAUGGUCAUGACGCGUAAGGUUCUCAGGGAGACCCCCGUGGGUAUACUCCUGGCGACCCUGGCCGUGUCUGACCUUGUGGUCUUGUGGGUGGGACUAAUGAGGCACAUCCUCCGCGCGUAUGGUGUGGUCGAGCUACGUUACAUCAGCACCUUCGCGUGUCACAUCACACGGUUCCUUACGUACUUCAGCAUGGACUUCUCGGCCUGGGUUCUUGUCGCCGUCACCGUGGACAGGUUCAUCGCCGUUUGCAUGCCCACGCGGGCCGUGGAUUUGUGCACGGUCAGAAAAGCCGCCCUGUCUCUCAUGGUGAUAGCUGCGCUUAUCACGGCUAAAACGAUGCACGUGUUCUGGACGCGAGGGUCGGAAAACGUAACGUUAGACGGCAACGUGACGGUCAUCUACGUUUGCGGAUACACUUCGGACGGCGACAGAUACUUUUGGCAACACGUUCUGCCUUGGGUGGUGUUUUGUAUAUACGUUAGUGGACCUUUCCUGACAAUGAUAGUUCUAAAUAUACUCAUUAUAAAAGGGUUGUUCAAAAUAGAACAACGUCGUUGGCGCCUAAGUAACCGCUCCACGGAGACAGGGACAGGAAACGGUUUGCUUGACCAUUAUCCAUCCGAUAGAAACGCAGAUGGUCACACCGCAGGGAGACGGAGUGACCAACAGGAGGGACCUCUGCUACCGGUCAGAUCGUUGACCAUUAUGCUACUAGCGGUGUCUAUAUCAUUUCUACUACUCUCUUUCCCAGCAUUUAUUAACCGCAUGGUUCAGUCAUACUGGAAAAGGGACAUAGCUAGCGCUCGCGAAAAGGCGCGAUUGGAUUUGACCGAAGUGAUGGUGUUGAUGUUGAAUUAUACCAACCACUCUAUUAACUUUUUCCUAUAUUGUUUAACAGGCAGACGCUUUAGAAAAGAACUUAAACUGUGCUUUCGUGACGUUAUGCGGUGCAAUUAAGUUGAGGAAUUCUUCAUACUAGACUUUGAAUUAGGAAUGCAGAGAUACUGUUACGGAAGAAUACUGCAUGAAGAGAUCUAUCUUGUUAAUUCUCACAAGCCACUGAUACGCAGCAGAUCUUAGUUUUGGGCACUGGUUUGAGUGUCUAAUUAAGUCCUUACCUAGACCUACGCAUGAAGAGACUAGAUCCUGUAUUGAUGUUGUACUGGGUAUAGUAAUUGUGAAAUAUAUCUCACGUAAUUGUAAAUGCUACUUAGACGCUGAGUUAAGAUUUUUAACGCACAAGCAGUUCGAACUAAGACCUACCUCAUACUGGUGAUAAGUGCACUUAAAGUAAGGUGAAAUGGUUUUAUACUUCAUCUGACACGACUUGAAACAGGGCUGCAACUGACGCAGCUAUAAUUGACGCUGUGUUCAGAAUUCAUACAUCAAGACGUAAAACAAGGUAUUAAAGAGUACAGGCACUUAUACUAUACCACGGGUUUCACGCAUGUUUCACCCCUUGCCAUUUCAAACUUUUGAAGGCAGUUUGAUUGGGUCCUUGUCGUUUUGGUUAUAUAUUUCGCAAAAAUGUGAAAUCGGUGUUGAAUAAAAGAAAGGGGUGUUUUGGUAGUUAAAUGUCCCAA